AAAGUGAUUUCUUCUGAGAAGCGGCUAGGUUUCUGAAACCCAUCGACCGGUGCGCAGUUUUGCAGACUGAUCGAUAAACCAGGCACCCGGUGUUUCUGAAAUGGGUUGUAACAGCUCGACGCUUGCCAAGAUCCAUAACGUGGAGGAAUUAAUCCUUGAGACUGGGUUCUCCUCCUCUCAUGUCUGCCAUCUGUACAGCCGUUUUCACUCCCUGGAUAAAGAUGACAAAGGAUUGCUCAGCCGGGCUGAUUUUCAGACUAUCAGCGAGCUCGCUGUUAACCCUUUAGGUGACAGAAUCAUCAAUGCUUUCUUUCCUGAUGGGAUGGAUCUGAUAGAUUUCAACUCGUUCGUUCGGACCCUGGCUUGCUUCCGACCAGUGGAGGAGAGCCAGAAGAAGGAACUCAACUCUCCGGAGCCCAUCAACAGCAGGACUAACAAGCUCAUGUUUGCCUUCCAGCUUUACGACCAGGACAAAGAUGGCAAGAUCUCAAACUAUGAGCUUUUACAGAUCCUGCGUAUGAUGGUGGGGGUGCAGGUAACGGAGGAACAGCUGGAGAACAUCACUGACCGGACGAUACAAGAGGCCGACCUGGACGGAGACAACGCCAUCUCGUUUGAAGAGUUCAAAAAGUCUUUGGAGAAGAUGGAUGUUGAACACCUGCUGAGCAUUCGCUUCAUUUGAUAGAGCAGUCCGCAGGUUUAAGAAAAGCAGUGUUUCAGGAACACAGAGACCUGGUAUCAUUACCCCUGUCCAUUGGGUCUUUAUUGAGCUCGCAGUUAUAAGCUUUCCAUUCACCUCCAGUCGGAUAUGAUUAAUUGACUUGAUAGAUCUUUCAAAGUACAAAGGGGGCUGAUGUCUGUUACACAUUGCGUUUGUUUCUAGUAGUCGAACGUUACCAGAUUUAAUAUAUAAAGUUUGUAGACUUUUGUACUGGUAUUCAAGCUAAAUUCACCCUAGCCAUAAGUAUAGAGCUGUGUUUAGGGUUAUUAUUAUUUAAAAGGUAAAAUUUGAUGCAGCACACAAUUUUUUUAAUCUGUGCUUUGGAUAAUCCUCCCCCUUUAGUUUCAGCUAGUUUCCCUGCUUCAUUUUCUAUUAGUUUGGUCGGGUGUACACGGAACGAUCCCUCUAGCUACAGACUUCGAAUUAGGCUCUCUGAAUGUUUUCUUGCGUGUGCAGGUUGAAGUAGUUCCCAACAGGAAUCGGGUGUCGCUGGCGUCCAUCAAACUGAUUCACCACUUGGAGUGAAAGCAGUGAAGAAACAGUUGCUCGGGUUUGUGAUGAUCGCUGCUUCUCUUAGAUCGAUGGACACAUGAAAUCAGUUUAUAGAAACAGAAUACAUCGGAUAUGUUCACGGGCUAUUUCAGCUAAUGAUUAAUUAAAAUAUAUAUAUAUACGGUAGUU